AAUGAAUUUCAAAAGCUUCAUUUUGCUCUUAAUUAAUGUGUUCUUAUUGAGUGUCAUUGAGGAUAGUUCUUGUCACGUUUACGAAGGCAGCGCACGUGAGGCCUCAGAACACAUUCACGUACAAGAGCGACCAUGCGCCGUCUGCCCCAGAGGCGGGAAGUGUGUCCCGAAGGUCAAAUGUCCAGCCCAUGUCAGACCGGGAUCCUUGAAUCCGUCCUGCCACUUGGUCCUUGGACACAUCGGUAUCUGCUGCUUCACCGGGCAAAAGCAUUCAGCCCAAUUAGAAGCUACUCAGCGUUCUGGCGCCAUCAGUAUAGAAGACAUUAAAAGCAGCCAUGACGUAUCAAGGCAGAAAAUGGUCCAGUGGAUAGCGAACGAGAAAGUUCUAGAACGUUCUGCUGAUACAAUCAUCAGUAGUUCGGCACCUAGUUACGGGCAUCAUUUGUCCAUGGUUACGUACGACAAAAGAGUUGAGGGUCUUGGACGAGGUGGACUGUUGAACGUCUUCGCUGCUCUGGAACUGAAGUCUCGGCAGGCAGUCUCUGAGGAUGAGCUGGAGUUAGGAGCAACAGGACAUACUGAUGGUCCCUUUUGCCCUAAGCCCCCGCAGUGCCCGGAUACCCAAAGCCGGUACAGAUCUAUAGAUGGGGAGUGCAACAAUCUGGCCAACCCAACGUGGGGAGCUGUCAAUACUGGCUUCGAGAGGCUUCUGCCACCAGAUUAUAGUGACGGUCGGUAUUGCAAAGAUCAAGGACAACCCAGAGGAAAUGGCCAGGUCGAAAGGAUUCAUCAGAUUAUCAUUGCCGUGUUGAGCAAGCUCAGCGCUGAUGAUCCGACCAAAUGGUACCGCCGUGUGUCUGUAGUACAACGCUAUCUGAUUGGUACCUACCAAAGAAGCAUAGGAAUGACGCCAUUUGAAUUACUCUUUGGCACUAAAAUAAAAGAUAAAGACGAUGAUGAACUUAAAAAGUUAAUAGAGGAAGAAGAAAUACAAAUGUUUAAAGAAAAAAGACAAGAGCUGAGAGAAAAAGCUAAAGAAUCGCUACUGAAGAUACAAGAAGAAAACAUAAAAAAUUAUAACAGAAAGAGAAAAGAAGCGACGUCUUACAAUGUUGGCGAUUUAGUUGCAAUCAAGAAAACGCAGUUCUCUCAAGGCAGUAAAUUAUUUCCUACGUACCUAGGACCUUAUGAAGUCUUAAAAAACAAAGGAAAUGACCGAUAUGUUGUGAAGAAAGUUGGAAAUACAGAGGGUCCAAUCAACACGACUUCUUCUGCUGAUUUCAUGAAACCAUGGGUUACGUCGGAAGAAAAUUAUUCAUCUGGAAAUUCUAGUUUUCAAUUUACAGGAGACAGUCACGGGAAUCAGUUCAUCUCACUGACAGCAUUCCACACGUUAUGGUCGAGGGAGCACAACCGAGUCGCGCAAGCCCUGUCGAGGUUGAACCCUCAUUGGGACGAAGACACGGUCUUUAUGGAGACCAGAAGGAUACUGCAGGCAGAAUUCCAGCAUAUCAUUUACAAUGAGUGGCUUCCUCUAUUGAUAGGUCACCAAAUGAUGCAGCUCUUCAAUUUGUCUCCAUCGUCAGAGUAUUCCUCGUCGUACGAUCCAACAGUCAAUCCGUCUAUUACAGCAGAAUUCUCGACCGCAGCCAUGAGAUUUGGCCACUCCAUUGUUGAUGGAAGAAUUGUAAUUCCCAACACGAAAACAGGAGAAGUUUACGAGACGAUAUCGAUACCGGAAGUGAUGUUUCAGCCGUCGAGAAUGCGGCUACGUCACUUCUUGGAUCGGCUGCUGAUUGGCCUGACGCUGCAACCGAUGCAGAGUGUCGAUCCGUUUAUCUCUGAAGGGCUUACGUCCUACAUGUUCCGUGGCACCAACCCCUAUGGCCUGGAUCUAGCGUCAAUAAACAUUCAACGCGGCAAAGACUACGGAGUCAGAUCCUACAAUAGCUACCGGCGCUUGUGUGGGCUUCAGCCGUUUGAAAGCUUCGAGCAAUUUCCACAAAGUGCUGCAAAGCGUCUAGCGUCGGUCUACGAGAGUCCGGAAGACAUAGACCUUUGGGUUGGAGGUCUGCUGGAGGCGCCGAUGGAAGAGGCAGUUAUCGGGCCAACGUUCGCUCAUAUCAUAGCGGACCAAUUCUACAGGCUCAAGGCUGGAGAUAGAUACUUCUACGAUAAUGGUCCUGAUAUAAAUCCCGGCGCUUUUACUCCAAGCCAACUGACAGAAAUAAAGAAGGUUAAACUAUCAAGACUGAUUUGUGACAAUAGCGAUGGUAUAGAACUUGUAACCCAGCCAGUUGAAGCCUUUCUUAGAGCAGACCUACCAGGAAAUGAAUUAGUGGCUUGCAACAGUGGACGCAUACCUUUUAUGGAUUUGAGCAGAUUUAAAGCGCUCAAAAUUUAAUAAAUAACGCCAAUUCGUAGUUUAAGUUUUAUGUAUUUUAUUUAGGUUAUACAAGUAAAUGAAGAGAACGUAAAUGAAGGCUACAUAAACAAUAAAACGGAAUGAAAUGGCGCCAAAAUCUAUAUCUCUCCUAUCUACUAAAACCCUGUUAGUUCUAUUGUAAACUAUAUCAAAUUAAUACAGAUAAAACAUGUUCAUUUAAUUCCCCAAACAAAAAGGUUCCAUCAGUUCGAAUUUCUGUUAUAUUUUGGCGCCAUUGACUUUUGUUUUAUGGCCACAUAAUCUAUGUCAAUUUACUGGUUACAUUUCUGUUCGCCUAAUACAUUUUUUGCAUUUUAAGUUUGUCUUCAUCAGCCGCAAUGGAUUAGCGAGGUUGUGUCUUUGUAGGCUUAACGGAAACAUUACUAGCAUUUAAAAACAGUCUUUUAAAAGUUUUUCUCU